AUGGAAGAAGCAGCCGCCGUCUCGGAUAGAAUUCUAAGCACUAGACGUAAUCGAAGCAGCAAGAAAACUGGAGAUUUGUCAAGAAACUAUAAAAAGAAGCGUUGUAUCAAUGACUUGAUGGAUGGUUAUUUUCCGUCUGAACUUCAAGACAAAUACCCAGAUGGCGUUAACAUUAAGGUUAUCGAUAGAAGAGAUGUGGAGUACAAAGACAGACGAACGGAGCUCUUGUUUCCUGGCUCUGGUCAAACUCUAAAUGAUGUCGGUGGUCAGAAUAUUGCGGCUGAUGCUCAAACACAAUCUUCUAGAAAUAAAAUAUGUUCACUGCAUAUAGAUGGAAAUAAUAAAGAGAAUGUUGAAAAUUUCCUUGGUCGUUUACCUCCGUCUUUGAUCAAGAAUGGUAAAAUUAUCGAUGUAAGAUAUGGUGUCGAAGAAACUCUGAAGGUUCGAUGGGCCCUCCAAUCUUUCUACCAAAAACGAAGUUCGUGUGAAGUUGUUCAAGAGAUCAAAACAAGGGCUGAAAAUAUGGGUGGACGACCUGAAUCUGCCCGCAACAAUGUCACGACUUUACGUAUCAAAUCAGAAAGAGGUGAUGAGACGUAUAUUUUAAAAAUGAAAUUCACAGACACGAUUGACAAAGUUCGCUAUUUUAUCAACAAAGAAAGACCCGAACUGCAUGAUGGGUACCGUAUCAAAACGUCAUUUCCAAAUAUGGUAUAUGAUGACGUAAUGCAAACCUUAGAGGAAGUGGGACUGGUACCAAAUGCAAUUUUACAUAUUCUUGUCUAAGAUUUUAGCAACUGAUUCUUUGGAUUGAAAAUUUAAAAUGUCUGAAAGUAUCGUUAACUUUCACCUCUGAAAGUAAACUUUAUUAUUUGAUGACGUUACAAUCGUAUGGCGGCCAUCUUAAUUUACCAAAUGACGUCACAAUUGAGUGAUUUUUUCAAAUUGCCAAUUGUUUUGAACGUUUAAACACGUAUAACGUUGCGUCCGCUCGAUAUUCUUGACGUUUGACAAUUUUGACGGUUAUUGUCUUUUAAAAUUGUCGGCGUUUUCUGGAGAAACAUUGAAUAGAAGUCUUAUCAUCUGUCAAGGUUGUAGUUGUAAAAGGAGGUAGU